AUGUCUCAACAAAUACCUACCCUCAAGCUAUUACUCAUUGGUAACUCCAAUGUCGGUAAAAGUUCUUUGCUUUUGCGUUUUACAGACGAUACUUUCUUGCCUCAAGAAGAGGUAUCAGCGACUAUUGGCGUCGAUUUCAAAGUGAACAUGAUGGAAGUGAAUGGAAAGAUGUACAAGUUGACCAUUUGGGAUACUGCGGGCCAAGAGAGAUUCAGAACAUUGACUUCAUCUUACUAUCGAGGAGCGCAAGGUGUCAUUUUGGUAUAUGAUGUUAGUAAUAGAGAUACGUUUGACGCUCUGAAUACUUGGUGGAACGAGGUCAAUACGUACUGCUCAAGCCCUGAUGUUGUAAAGAUGAUUGUGGGUAACAAAGUCGACAAGGAAUCAUCUCGAGUUGUUACUUAUGAAGAAGGCGCCAAUUUUGCAAGAAAGUUAUCUACUCUGUUUGUAGAAUGUAGUGCUAAGACAAAAGUUGGUGUCAAGCAAGCUUUUGAAGAAUUGGUUGAAAAGAUCAUUGAGACACCUAGUUUAUGGCAGAAAGAUGCUGCACCAAAUUCCACUGUUAGAAUGUCUGCAGAGGAUAGUAAGGAUCAAUCUGGUGGGGACUCUUGUGCUUGCUAA